AUGUCUUCAGUCUCCAAGUCCCACUGCACCCAUCCAACUGCAGCUGUGGCCUGUUCACAAAAUGCCGUGAAAGCAGGGUUCAAAAGACCAGACACAAGACAGCGCCUUGCAGCAACAAGACCCGCGAAUCCGUCAAAGACCCAUGAGCCCAAUUUAAUAUCAGUUGAUGAUCCAUGGACAUUCCAGGCCCCUUUAUUACUUCCCGGUGAUGACCUUAGUGAAGACCCUGAGUACCCACCUCAAAGCUUCCAAGAAUGGCUUGAUGAAGAAGACCGCAACCCAGUGUCCGCAAGACGAAAGACAAUUUAUGUGGUCACAACGCCGGAAAUUGAGGACGAAGUUCAGUUUAUGCGAACGUGGGAGAAAAGUGUCAAUGAGAAACAUCAAGUCACUAAACCGUCACCUACGGCGAUCCUUGAUUACCUGCAAGCAUUUUACCAUGGCCUGCCUGUCAAGACUCUAUCUCGACUGGCCACUGCUUUUACCGCGUGGGAUGAAGAACCCAAACAACCACGAAAAUCUCGUCAGCCAAAAUAUGUUGCUUUAAAGUUUGGGAAUGAUUGUGUUCGCAUCCGCAUUCGUGCAUCACCAGACGGGAUCUAUGGUGGUCAACUGAACCUUGAUGAUCUACUCGAUGCUGCUAUGGCUAUCUUGCCCAAGGAUGCAUAUGCACUAUUGCUCCUGGUAAAUCAAGAUCUCUAUGAAGACGAUGAUGAUGAAUUCGUCUGCGGUCGCGCAUAUGGUGCGAGUAGAGUUGCAGUGGUUUCAAGUUCAAGGUAUACUCCAGUAUUGGAUGAGUAUCAAUCUGUUGAAAGACUCCAUGCCUGGCCAGCCUCACACUGUGAAUCAUACAUGUCCAUGUGCUGUACUGCAUCCCGAUCUGACCCGAAGCGACAAAAGAAAUCAGAAUCAAAAGCCUCCAGCAAAUCGAAGGAAACCACUUCUAUUUCAUCUUCACCACUGAUGGCCGCAAUAUCCAUCUAUCGAGACUUGGAGACUAUCGAUCUAUCUCCAUCUGCCCUGUCUACUCUCUGGUUGGGUCGAGUAUGUCGGACUGCCGCCCAUGAGCUUGGACAUUGUUUUGGCAUCGAUCAUUGCGUCUACUAUGCCUGUGCUAUGCAGGGCACAGCGUCUAUUCGUGAAGAUGCUCGGCAACCCCCCUUCCUCUGUCCAGUGGAUCUGGCUAAGCUCACAUAUGCAACGGGUACCACAGCAGCUCAAAGGUAUAAGGCUCUCCUUAAGUUUUGCGACAGACCUCAGUACAGAGAAUGCCUCUUUUUUGCACCCUUUGCAGAAUGGAUUCGAAAGCUGGUAGCUGCAACAUCCCAAUGA